UCGGCGGCAGCGGUUUCAAGAGUCGUGGCGACAUUUUACGGAUGCUACUUUAGUUUCCUCUUUUAAAAUGUGUCACGCGAAACUUUUCUGUUUGCCGUUUUUGUGCCCUUGACCAACUUUGUGAACGCCACUAGACUCAACUUUCAAAAUGACAAUGGCCGAGAGGUUGGGCGUCUUCGCCUUGUUGUUGACCCUCGGUUCCCCGGCGGCUUCGGGCUCCAGUCAGCCGCACAUCGUAUUCAUCCUGGCGGACGAUUUCGGCUGGCACGACGUAGGCUACCAUGGCUCGGAGAUCAAGACGCCCAACCUGGAUAAGCUGUCGGCAGCAGGGGUCCGCCUGGAGAACUACUACGUCCAGCCGCUGUGCACCCCUUCGAGGAACCAGCUCAUGACCGGACGAUACCAGAUCCACACGGGCAUGCAGCACCAGAUCAUCAUGCCGUGCCAGCCGUACUGCGUCCCGCUGAAUGAAACGCUGCUGCCUCAGCUGCUAUCCCAGGCGGGCUACGCCACGCACAUGGUGGGCAAGUGGCAUCUGGGCAUGUACAAGAAGGACUGCUUGCCCACGCGCCGCGGCUUCCAGUCCUACUUAGGCUACCUGACGGGAAGCGAGGACUACUACACUCACGUGCGGUGUAGCCCCAUCGCCGCUCUCAACCUGAGCCGCUGCUCAUUGGACCUCCGUGAGGGCGAAGAGGCAGCCCCGGAAUACAAAGGCCAUUAUUCCACCGAGCUGUUCAGCCAAAGAGCCGUGCAGAUUAUCGCCAAACACGACCCCGUAAAGCCUCUCUUCCUAUACGUGGCACUGCAAGCCGUUCACGCGCCGCUGCAGGUGCCCGAGCGCUACGUGGCGCCCUACGCCUUCAUCCGGGACCCGCAGCGUCGGACGUACGCAGGCAUGGUGGCAGCCAUGGACGAGGCAGUGGGCAACAUCAGUCUGGCCUUGAGAAAGGCCGGACUUUGGGAAAACGCUGUUCUGGUCUUCUCCACAGAUAACGGAGGCCAGACGCUGUACGGCGGCAGCAACUGGCCGCUGCGAGGCAGGAAAUGGUCACUGUGGGAGGGAGGAGUUCGCGGCGUGGGAUUCGUGUCCGGGCCGCUUAUCAAGAGGCCGGGCAGGACCAGCCGGGAGCUUGUGCACGUAUCUGAUUGGUUGCCCACACUGUUAGGCUUGGCUGGGGGAAGCCUUAACGCCACUAAGCCUCUGGACGGAUUCGACGUGUGGAACGCCAUCAGUCAAGGAUUCGCCUCGCCCAGGCUGGAGCUGCUGCACAACAUUGACCCGAUGUACGUGGAUAUCGCCCCAUGUCCCGAAGCGAAACAACUGCGAGCAUCCUCUCGAGACGGCGGCAAAGAAGUCUUCCGCUCAGGCUUUAACGUGUCCAUCCACGCCGCCAUUCGGUCCGGAAACUGGAAGCUGCUCACGGGAUAUCCAGGUUGCCCCGUUUGGUUCCCGCUGCCCGACGGCAACGUCUCGUCUCCCCGCCUCUCGGAGCCCCUGAAGCCCAUCAUGCUGUUCGAUGUAGAGAAGGACCCCGAGGAGAGGAACGAGGUGUCGGCAAGUCACCCCGCCGUGGUGGACCGCCUCCUGGCCCGGCUGAACCACCACCAGCAGAGCGCCCUGCCUGUCCACUUCCCAGACGACGACCCCCACUGUGACCCGGGGCCCACCGGGGCCUGGGGACCCUGGGCCUAGAUGCCUGUCUCUGUAGUGGUGGUUUUGAACUCAUUGGCUGGUGGUGAUAAACAUUCAAUCUAUUUGAUUAGUAAAUGUUGAUUGAGUUCAUGUGGCGCUUUUGAGCUUCAAAAACACCACAAUGCUCGUACCAUUGUAAGCAUUCCUCAGAUUCAAAUGACUUUGUGCUAAAGGGCUCUAUUUGUGAUUGGCGGGUGAGGAAUUUGGCACUUUCAGAGGAUUCAUUCGCAAAGAGCAGAAGCUAAUUUUCUCUGGAUGUAUAAGCUCUUUGAACCUUGACUCCCAUGACAUUUGAACUCACCAAGGAAAACCCCCACUCUGCUCUAUCGCACUAGUGACCUUUGAACCAUGGUGUCAACACAGACCAACGAAAAAAUCUCCAGAAGAAACCCAUGGGGAAAAAUUCUACUUUCCAGAAAGUUCUAAGUGCAAACAGCAUUCUCUGAAGCGCUUGAAUGAUUUUUUUUUUUUUUUUUAACAAAAUAAAAAGACUAACAAUCAUUUUUUA